GAGAGGGGAACAAGCCUAGGCUUUAAGGUGGGUUGGGAUCAAUCCCAUCUGGAAUGAUUGAGCAGGAUCCCAUAGCCUGCUUGAUUCCUAGCUGACAAGACAGUAUAGGGGAAAGACUGCUGUCUCCAGCUGCGCGCGAUUCUGUCGUGGGGUACGCCCAGGACACCUGCCUAAGUCUACCAGGUGUGGAGUCUUGGCCCUUAGGGAAAAGUCGGGGUCCCUCCAGCUAGUCAUAGCUGUGGGAUACCAAGCCUGCUGAGAGCUGACCGAUGGCAUCCUUUAGAGACAAUCCUCAGGGCCAGAGAAAACAGGAGACAGGGCGCUUUCCUUAACGGAGCAGACUGUAGUUCAGUCACCGGCGUCCCAUAUGGUCCCCAAAGCACCGCAAGGAGUGAUCCCAGAGCACAGAGCCAGGAGUAAUCCCUGACAACCAAUGGGUGUGGCCCGAAAACAGAAAAAUAUAGAAACAACAUCCUCUCGAGUACUGAGAUUCAGCACCUGACUCAGCGUCUUUGGGCGAGGAAGUUGAACCUAUCAAAAAUAGGUGAGCCGCUGGGAAGCGAGUGCGCAUGCGCGUGUCGUCUCAGCCUGCGCGUGCGCACUUGAGUGCCUCAAUUCCCAGCAUUCCGGGCGCUGGCGGGUGUGUGACGUUAGCUCGUUUAAUCCGGAAACGGCGGCGAUAGCCAGCCGCAGAACCGAGGGGCUAUCGGUGGGAUCCGCGGGGAAAGAGCGAGACCCGGAAGCGGAAGCGGAGCUGCAUUCCAGCUCCGGUUCCACCCAGGCUUCCCACUUGUCCUAGGUCCAUUGGCAGGCUCCUGCCGCAAUGGACCUAUUGUUUGGGCGCCGGAAGACCCCAGAGGAGCUGCUUCGGCAAAACCAGCGGGCGUUGAAUCGAGCUAUGCGCGAGCUGGACCGUGAGCGACAGAAGCUGGAGACACAGGAGAAGAAAAUCAUUGCAGACAUCAAGAAAAUGGCCAAGCAGGGCCAGAUGGAUGCAGUGCGCAUCAUGGCAAAGGACCUGGUUCGCACCCGUCGCUACGUGCGCAAGUUUGUAUUGAUGCGGGCCAAUAUCCAGGCUGUGUCCCUUAAGAUCCAGACACUCAAAUCAAACAAUUCAAUGGCACAAGCCAUGAAAGGUGUCACCAAGGCCAUGGGCACGAUGAAUAGACAGCUCAAGUUGCCCCAAAUUCAGAAGAUCAUGAUGGAGUUUGAGCGGCAAGCAGAGAUCAUGGACAUGAAAGAGGAGAUGAUGAAUGAUGCUAUUGAUGAUGCUAUGGGGGAUGAAGAGGAUGAAGAGGAGAGUGAUGCUGUUGUGUCCCAGGUACUUGAUGAGCUGGGGUUGAGCCUGUCAGAUGAGUUGUCAAAUCUCCCAUCCACUGGUGGCUCACUCAGUGUGGCUGCAGGUGGGAAAAAAGCAGAGGCUACAGCCUCUGCCCUCGUAGAUGCCGACGCUGACCUGGAGGAGCGGCUCAAGAACCUACGGAGGGACUAACAGGAGAGGAAGUACAAAUGUUUUCAUUGUAUGUCUUCUGUGGUAAUAAAAACAUCGGACACUA